CGUUUUUUCUCGGCGGGUUCGGAAGUGGAAACAGUAAUUACGUUGUGGAAAAAGUUGAUUUUUCAUCGCAGCGAGUUACUAAGAAGCGCUCUUUAAUCGUGAACAGUUAGUUUUACUGACGUUGCAGAAUAAUUAACAAAGGGUCUUGAAAAAGGAAACGCUUGGACGAAAUGGUUGGAUCCCGCGUGUACGUCGGCGGCUUGCCCUACGGCGUUCGCGAACGCGAUUUGGAGCGAUUUUUCAAGGGGUAUGGUCGAACCCGCGAUAUUCUUAUCAAGAAUGGAUAUGGUUUUGUGGAAUUCGAGGACUACCGGGAUGCCGAUGACGCCGUGUACGAGUUAAACGGAAAAGAGCUGCUAGGAGAAAGGGUGGUCGUGGAACCGGCGCGUGGGACCGCCCGUGGACCAAGCGGCUACCGUGAACGAGAUCGGUAUGAUAGGGAUCGUGGUCGCGGCGGUCGUUAUGACAAAUAUAAAAGCAAUUCCAGGAACAGUUCCCGCUAUGGACCGCCGCUGCGCACGGAAUACCGCCUGAUUGUGGACAACCUUUCAACCCGCGUUAGCUGGCAGGAUUUGAAAGACUACAUGCGUCAGGCCGGAGAGGUUACCUACGCAGACGCUCAUAAGCAACGGAAGAAUGAAGGUGUGGUUGAGUUCGCUACUCUAUCGGAUAUGAAAACAGCGAUCGAAAAGCUGGAUGAUACGGAGCUGAAUGGACGGCGUAUCCGCUUGGUUGAAGAUCGCGGUGGACGUAAUGGGCGCAACGGACGGGGUCGAUCCCGUUCCUCGAGCAGCCGCUCGCGUUCCCGUUCCCGUCGCCGUACGCGUUCCCGUUCGCGAUCGCGUCGCUCCUCUCGCAGUCGCUCGAAGUCACGCAGCCGCUCCAAGUCCAAGAACGGUUCGAAAUCGCCCGAAAAGUCACGCUCGCGCUCCCGUUCAAACAAAUCGCGUGACAACAGCAAAUCGAAAUCACGAUCCCGCUCACCGAAACGCGAUCGCGAUGAGUCGCGUUCUCGCUCUCGUUCGCGCUCGAAGUCGCACUCGCGGUCGCGCUCCAAGUCGAAGGAUAACAAAUCUCGUUCUCGCUCUCGAUCACGUUCCCGCUCACGCUCGCCCCGUUCUCACUCUCGAUCCCGCGACCGUUCCCAGUCGCAGGACAAAUCAAACGAUAAAUCGCGAUCGGCAUCUCCUAAAAAUAACGAUCACUCUCCAGAGCGUAAUGAAAGUAUGGAAGAUUAAAUACGUUCGAUUAUCUUUUAUAGUAGUGCUGACAGAGAAGAAAAAGAUUCGGGAUGUCCACAUCCACUAUUUCUUGAGCUGGUGCAUCUUUCAUUACCUUAUCAAUCUUCUCACUUCUACUGUCACAUUUCCUGCAGACAAUACAUAUAAUUGAAUAGAAAUUUCUUUCCUAAUACGUUCUGUUUACAAUCUGGCGCUACAUACGAUCGUACUUCAGGGAUGAAGGAAAUGUUUUUAUUUGGAAAAGAUAUGCUUUUAGUUCUAUUUUGAUGUAGUAACCGACACAGCACAGCACAGGUGAUGGAGAAGAUAGCGUUGAGGUAAAGUAUGUGAAGAAGAUCCUCAAGAAAGCAAACAAUAGAACAACCAACUGCAAUGCAAAACAACAGCAUUCAGUUUUCAAUAUCAGCAUAUAUUUAUAUUCAAUGCUCCACGAGUGUCAUCAGCGCUACGAUCGAAUGGUGGUGUGUGUCUGGAGUACAGAACAUGCAAUACCAUAGUUUAUGCAAAUGAUUGGUAUUCCAAUUUAAGAGAGGGACGGAUUUGAAUGUGUGCUUGAUAAAUUGUAGUAUUAGGUUUGGGUUUAGAAAAGAAGACAGUAAAAUAGUUCUUUUUAAAUUCAGAAACACUUGCAAAACUCCUAGAACAGACGGAAGAAGACACUCUCAGACUAUGGCGAAACGGUAAUAGGAAGGUAGCCCAUAAUAUACGAGACUUUCUUUGCGAUAAAGAUAGGGAGAGGAAACAGUAAAUUAAAAAGCAUUUGUUAAAUUAACGAAAUGUCAAACAGAGCGAAAGACGAGAAAUGAUCAACUAAAGCGCAUAUGUGUAGCGACCACAACCCCCUCUCUUUGCAGGGCACGGCGAAACAAUGCGACAGCACACACAUUCAUAAUUUUCUCCUUUUAAUACGCCGUCGUAACAAACUAUUAUGUUUUGGUGCACAUUUGCACAUUAUCGAGCACACCAAACGUCGUUUCUCUGUCUAAUUACGUUCUUAAGUACAAACAAAUAAAAUAUUUGUGUAUUCACACAGAAGCACUAUCGAGGUUUCUG